UAAUAUUGCGCCAUUUCAGCCAUUAGCCAUGAAACACAUGUAAUCAGCAUCUUGUAAAAGAUCUCAUCCCAGCAGGAAACGAUUUGUUUAGGACUGGGGAUAGCUUUAUCAAAUACUCAAUUUUUAUCAUCGUGUCGUGUGACAAGAAAUUAUGGCAGUACGAGUUCAGUUUGAAGGAAAUAACGAAGUUGGAGUGUUCUCCAUGUUGACUAAUGCUUACUGUCUUGUGGCUAUUGGAGGCUCUCAGAAUUUUUACAGUGUGUUUGAAGGUGAGCUGUCUGAUUCAAUCCCAGUAGUACAUGCUUCUAUUGGUGGAUGUAGAAUUGUUGGUAGAGUAUGUGUAGGUAAUAGAAAUGGCUUAUUAGUGCCUAAUACAACAACAGAUCAAGAAUUACAACAUUUGCGUAAUUCAUUACCUGACAGUGUUAAGAUACAGAGAGUUGAGGAGAGGCUGUCAGCUCUUGGCAAUGUUGUAUCGUGUAAUGACUAUGUUGCUUUGGUACACCCUGACUUAGACAGAGAAACUGAAGAGAUAUUAACUGAUGUUCUUAAAGUUGAAGUUUUUCGACAAACAGUGGCAUCAAAUGUACUGGUUGGGACGUACUGUGCAUUUAGUAACAGAGGAGGACUUGUUCAUCCAAAGACUAAAAUCCAAGACCAAGAUGAGCUUUCAUCAUUAUUACAAGUUCCAUUAGUGGCUGGUACUGUUAAUAGAGGUAGUGAUGUCAUAGGUGCUGGUAUGGUUGUUAAUGACUGGAGUGCUUUCUGUGGAUUGGAUACAACUAGUACUGAGUUAUCUGUCAUUGAGAGUGUGUUUAAGUUAACUGAUGCACCUCAAUCAGCUAUUGUCACUGAUAUGAGAGAGUCAUUACUAGAAACUGUUUCGUAAAGGCAAAGAGUAAAUCUGUCAACAGCCACCAAAAUUUAAUGAACAUACAGUUAUGAUAAAAAUUGUUAUUAGUGGGUUUUUUGUUAUUGACAUUGCAUGUCACAUUUUUGUACAUGUAAAUCUUUUUGUAACAAUAUUCAGUGACACUUAUGUGUUGAAUGUUUUAUGUUUUUUGUUUAAUAAUUAUUAUUUAAGAUUGAUUAAUGAUCUUAUUUGAAACGAUGAA